GCAAGACUUCCACCCUGAGGCUCUGCAUUGAUCAAGUACGACUUGCAGGACAAAGCUGCCUUCCUUGGGCAUGGGCGAUGGGUCAGACGGCAUCUACAACGAUACCACCGAUACCACCGAGCCGGAUCGCGGACGAGUUUGUGCACAAAGCUGUCCGCGAAAAUCAAGUAGUGGUAAGAAAUUUCGAGUGAGAGGUGCUUCCUACGUUCUCUUCCAUUUUUAUUUUUCCCUUCCCUAACCCCAAGGCUCUUUUCUGCUUACAAGCGUAGAUUUUCAGUAAGACCACUUGUACAUACUGCAAAGCCGCAAAGAAGUUGCUUUCAUUCGAAGCCGACAAGUUGCAGGCGUUGGGGUGCACAACUCCCGCACCAGCAGUUGUUGAAUUGGACGACGGUACCAUCCCACCAAGCUUUGCACGCGAGGUCCAAACCGCUCUGGGACGAAUGACCGGCACCACAACGGUCCCUCGCGUUUUUAUUGAACAAAAUUUUGUCGGUGGUGCGACGGAAACUGCGGAAUAUGCAAGGUCAGGUGGUCUCAAAAUGGCGCUGAUGAAGGCUGCAAAGUGUGAUGUCGAUCUUGGCGACAGAAAAUAGAUAUCUCGGCAGGAAGCGCUGUCAUGCUCUUCCUAGUUGCGGUUAUUUUUCUACAAGCAGUGUACGAAAGACACAUAUAUUGAUUUUUUUUGACGAAAGUAACGUCUUUCCUGUGCAAAGUGGUUUCUAUUCACUAUCGCACGUUUUGCCCGUCGUAUCGCAAAGCUUUGAGCACAAACGUCGAAAUAAUUUGUAUUUUUUCUUGACUUGA